AUGCAUCAGUUUUUAUCACUCCUUAUACUAUCAUCGACGGCAUUGGCUUUAGUCGGUGAUGGGUUCUUAUCAUUAUCAGUCAACAAAAUACAAAACACCAAUGGGUUGAAGAAUUUUCCAAAUAGAUUACCAAUUUUCGACAAAGUAGAAGAUGAGUUGGAGAAUAUAACAUGUACAAUCCUUGGAAAACAAGCUCUGAAAGGUAUUGCUCCUCUUUUUGGAAAUUCGGGGUUUAAUUUCAAAAAGAGCAAGCACCAAAAUCUUGCCAGCAAGCUUGGAUUAAGCAAGAGUUCUAAAACAAAUUCGACAAGCCUCUACAGUGGCGAUGAUGAUGAUACUGGUAACGAGGAAAAUGAGACUGGAGCUUUUUCAGUUGAUUUAAACAAUGCACAAACAAUGUACCUUACUACUAUUUCCAUUGGAUCUCCCGCCCAAGAAGUUGAAGUUAUGAUUGACACGGGAUCUUCUGAUCUUUGGGUUAUUGGUGCACAAAACCCUAGCUGUAUUGAGAAUGGAGGAUCAUUGAAUUGCUCAGAAUAUGGAACUUUCAAUACAUUGAAAUCAUCAAGCUGGCAUAAGAAUGAUAGUAUUGAAUUUGAAAUCUCGUAUCUUGAUGGAUCUUCGGCUAAAGGUGACUUUGGUCAAGAUACGAUUGAGUUUGUUAAAGGCUUUGGUUUGGAUCAAGCAAAUUUUGCCGUUGUUGAAAAUACCACUACUGAAAUUGGUGUAUUUGGUGUUGGAUAUCCUGGAUUGGAAAGUGCCUCGACCAAGUAUAGCAAUAUCCCUCAUGCUUUGAAAGAACAAAAUGUGAUUGCUAAAGCGGCUUAUUCAUUGUACUUGGAUUCUUCUAGCUCCAAUGAAGGUAGUAUAUUAUUUGGUGGAAUUGACCAUGCUAAAUACACUGGUGACUUGACUUCCAUUGACAUCGUUCCCAAAGACGGAGAAUACCUUUAUUCGCAGAUCCCCUUGUCCCAUAUUGCUGCUUCUAUAAAUAAUUAUACUAAUGUUAGUCCCGGAUCCGAUUUCAAUGGAACCAAUCCAGGAAAAGUAGGAGCAACCAUAUACAAUGGAACUGAUUCGUUUAACGGGGGUAUUGAUUUGCAAAAUACCCUGGUCUUGCUUGAUUCAGGUACUACUUACUCGUUCUUGCCUCAAAAACAAAUUGAAAGUAUAAUUGGAGUAUUUGGUAAUGUAUCCUUUGAUGGCAAUCUUGGUGGCUACAAGAUUCCAUGUUGGUUAGGAAAUAAAGGUAAUUAUUUCCGCUUCAACUUCAAUGAAGAAAAAGAUAUCGACGCUGAAUUGUCAGAGUUUGUUUUGGAAGUUGGAAAGGAUUCAUCAGGUGCAGCACUGUGUAUAUUCACCAUUUUGCCUGGGGAUGCAAUUUUGGGGGAUAAUUUCUUGAGGUCAGCCUAUGCCGUGUUUAACUUGGAUGACAACACCAUUUCACUUGCUCAAGCUGCUUAUAAUAAUGAUCACCAAGUGGUUGCAAUAGAGUAA